AUGCCAGAUCCAAAUAUUUCACCAUUGUUAUACAGGCGAGUCAAUACGCAUCAACGACACAAACAUAACGAUUAUUGUCUUCGUUCUAAAAAAGUAGGACGCAAAACGAUUCGUGUGUGUCGUUUCGGGUUUCCUCGUCCUGUCACGGAAACGUUGAUUUUGAAAGAUGUCAUAAGUUCGAUAGCAGGUAGGAAACGAGUGAAACAUAGAAGUAGUCUUUAUCAUGUUCCUCGAAAACAUGAUGAGAUCAAUAUAAAUGAUUAUCAUCCUGUUCUUCUUACGGUAUUAGAAGGAAAUGUCGAUAUGCAAUACGUAAGUGAAACAUCCGCGUUGCUUACUUGGUAUAUUACUAAGUACGUAAAUAAACCAGGAAAAUGUGAAAUAUCUGAUGCUGUCCUUGAUAGUAAAAAUAAGACAAAGAAAUCAUUGCGUCAAGAACUUUGGAAUUUUACUUUGCGAGCCACGAGUAAUAGGGAAUGUGGAUCUCUUGAAGCCUGUGAUGGAAUGUGUGGUAUUCCUUUAUGGGGGACUGAUUCAAAAACGACUAUAAAAUGGUUAGAUGUUAAUCAGAUACGACGUAGAAAAGUAAAAACUUAUAAGGAAAUUGAAGCUCUUGACGGAGAUUCUACAAAUAUAUUUUGUCCAUCUGUAAUAGAUGAACAUUAUCCACGGAGACCGAAAGAAUUGGAAUUUAUGUUUUUAUAUGAGUUUGUACAGUGGUAUGAUAUUUUGAAAAAUAAACCACGAGGUAAAAAUAUUGAAUACUACACGAUGGAGAAUGGUUAUUAUCUAAAACGGCGACAGCGUGGAUGUCUUAUUAAUCACUAUAAAUAUAAUGUCAAUACGCAGCCGGAAAAUUAUUUCUUUUCAUUACUGCUCAUGUUUAAACCGUGGCAGAAAAUAGAAGAUCUUAAAGACGGAUGUGAUACAUAUACAGAAGCAUUUCACAAGGAAAAGUUAUAUCUUACGGAAGCAUUGCAAUAUCAUGAAAAAUUAGAGGAAGUGCAAAAAGCAUUUGAAACUGCGAAGCAAUUAGUUGAACAAUAUUUAGAUAAUUUGGAAAAACAGCAUGAGUCUCAAGAUGAUCCCGAUAAUCCAAUAGGUGUUCAAAAUAUUGAGGCUGGUGAAGCGAUGCAAGAUUUUAAGGAUCUUGGUGACAAAUUAAAUCAGGAAAUUAAUGUAUCUGAAAUGAUUUCAAAUCUGAACGCAGAUCAAAGAAGAAUAUUUGACAGAGUCAUCAACGCCGUAAAGAUAUCGCCGGAUGACGAACAAUUUAAGCAAUUACUAUUAUACGUUAGCGGAGAAGGAGGUACUGGUAAAAGUUUCUUAAUUAAAACAAUUAAAUGCUGGAUAAAACAAAAUCUCCACAAAGAUACUGCUGUAACAGCACCUACUGGUAUAGCGGCGUUUAAUAUCGAUGCUUUAACAAAUCACAGGCAAUGGCAGUUACCUGUUGAACAUAGUGAUCAGUCUUCUAAGUAUACACUAUUAUCUGAUCACGUUUUGAAAGUUUUACGAGCAGAUCUUAAAGAUGUUAGUCUUAUUAUAAUUGAUGAAAUAUCAAUGAUAUCUAAUUUAACUUUCAUGUAUAUACAUUUACGACUAUGUCAAAUAUUUGAUACCAUGGAUGACGAUUUCUUUGGUGGAAAGCACGUUCUUUUAUUUGGAGAUCUGCUUCAAUUACCUCCUGUACGUGAAAAUUUUAUCUUUGUUCCACUAUCAAAAGCAGAAUUUAAUAAAUAUAUUGGCAGUGUGGGGACUACUCCUGAGGAAUGGUUGUGGCAAAAAUUUCAAUAUGAUGAAUUGACGAUCACUAUGCGUCAGCAAGGAGAUACAGCUUAUCGUGAAUUACUCUCGAGAGUUCGUAUUGGUUUAUUGACAAUUUCUGAUUCUGAGAUUCUCAAGAAAAGAAGAAUAUCAUUGAAAGGUCAGUCUUUCGAUGAAAGAUUAUACGAAUUGUGUAAUUAUCUUGAUAAUUUGCCGCCUAACACUGUUUGUUUACUGCCUACUCGUUAUUUGUGCGAUGUUCUUAACACUGCAAUGCUAAGUCGUAUUGCUUCAAAAGAAAUAUUAUUAAUUGCUCAAGAUACGCUUGACUGUGAUAAUUAUAUUAAACGAAAGGUACAAAAGCGAUUGACGGAUAAUGAAGACGAUGAUACCAAUACAGCUGGGCUUUUGAAACAAAUUACAAUUAAAAUUGGAGCGAAA